GUGGAAGUGCCAACUGAACGACGGGUUAAACGGUGGGGCCUUUCGGUGCAAGAGCUCGUUCGUGAUCCGAUCGGACGACAAGUUCUUGAAACAUUCCUGGAAAGUGAAUUUUCCUCUGAAAAUAUCCGAUUUUGGAUGGCAAUCCAAGAUUUGAAAUAUUCAACUAACGAACAGGUGGAGAGGAAGGCACAGCACAUCUUCGAGGAAUUUCUUGCUUCUGGUGCUCCCUGUCAAGUAAAUGUUGAUUCACGGACACUCGAAGCCACGCUAAAGUCGUUGCAAGAUGAGGCUGCGACCAAACGUCAUGCGUUCUCGUCCGCUGAAGAACACGUCUUUACGCUGAUGAGCAAAGAUUCGUAUCCACGUUUUCUACGCUCACAAAUCUACAAGGGCGUACUUUCAGCAGCUCAGCAACAGGUAAAUUUUACGUACUUACUUGAUUGA